CAAUCAUGCUAAAAAUAGAACAGGGUAUUUAACCACCAUCUUGAUGACACAAUCAAUAAAAAUAUCGCAAACAAUUACGGAAUAUUGUAGGUUGACGUCAAUUCUGUUACAUAGAAAUAUGUAGGAGUAAGCGUAAAACCUUCGGACUUCAAAUAGACAGGUUUUUGAACAUUUCAGGAGAUUGGAAGGAUGUUUUUGAAGGUGGGAUAUAUGACCUCUCAAAAUGACCUCAAAUCAAGACAAUAACAAAACAAUUGUCAGGCUGCAAAGGAGAAAAAAAUUCCUGGUUUGCUUUAGAAAGAAGGGAUAACUGCUUUUGAAUUGUAUUGCUGAUUACAAUAUGGCUUCUAGUGACAUUGACUUACAUGAAGAACAAGAAUCGAACGCAUUUCCUAAUAAAGACACAGCACCAUAUGAUCGAACAGUUCUGGCUUCGCCCUUUUCUGAUGUCACAGUGUCAACUCCACCUCUGUCACGAUCUUCCAGCCGAGAUUUGACAUCUAGUAGCUUUAGUUCAAUAGCAAGUAUUGGAAUGGUGUCAUUAUGCUUAUCAGAUGAUUCCACAGCGUCCCCUAAAAUGAGACGACGGACAAACAGUACAAGUGAUAUCGAAGAAUUGCCUGAUGGUCAAGAUGCUUAUCCAAAUACAGAUGAUCUCCGUUUCUUUGAGCAAAUGCUCCAAGGAAUGGAACCUAACAAUGUUCAAAGACAUCACAUCAAUGAAAGAAUCCAACGGAUGAUCGACAACAACUCACUUCCUACAGUGAGGAUGUUUGACGAUUUCUUGGACAAUGAACCUGCUGAUCGGCCUCUUCCUACUUACCCCGUGGGUGAUGAAAAGUAUACAGAAUGCAGUGUUUGUUUGGAGUCUAAAACACUAAGCUUGAGACCUUGUUGUUCAUUAGCAGUAUGUUCCGACUGUGUCAAACAAUAUUUUGUCACCCAAGUCUCCGAGGGUAUAGUGAAAAUUGAAUGCCCCAAUUUUGUAUGUGAUACUUACAUCCAUAGAGAUGAGAUAACAUUUCAUCUUGAAACUGAGAUGAAAGAUAAAUUUCACAAGUUUUUAGUAAAUGCGAACAAGGAAGCGCAUAUAAAGACAUGUCCAAGAUGUAGCGAAAUAAUGGAGUUGGAGAAACAUAAACUCGAAGAUAAGAGCAAAAUCAAAGUCCAUAAGGGUAUUCCAGUUACAUGCAAGGAGUGCGCUCUUUGUUGGUGUUUUCUUUGCCAGGCGCCUUGGCACACAGACUUAUCUUGCAAGGGUUACAGGAAAGGAGAGAGACUGCUGAAAAGUUGGGCAAAGGAACAACAUUUUGGUCAACGUAAUGCGCAGCAAUGUCCACGGUGUAAUAUCUUUAUCCAGCGAUCAAUGGGGUGCGACCAUAUGACAUGUUCCAAAUGUAAGACAGAUUUUUGCUACCUCUGCGGGGACAGGUUCCGAGCGUUCAAGUUCCUCGGGGAUCAUUACACGAAGCUGAGUAUAUUUGGCUGCAAGUAUCGCUUCAUGCCAACUAAGCCUGCAAUGAGGAAGUUCAUCAGAGGUUCUUUACUAGGUGGAAUGAUAUUAGCUGCACCAGCCGUGGUGGGGUUAGUUCUUGGUGCGGGUGCAGUCCUCGCAGGGGUUGCAGUUGUAGCUGCUCCCUUUAUUGGCAGUUAUAAACUCCAUAAGAAGUUGAAGGAAAAGAAACGCAUAAAGCAACAGAGGAAAAAUAGAGAGAUUAUGCGAGAGAUGUUCCAUGCCAUAAAGAAGAAAAAUUAUUCGAUGGGCUAUGUAGAUGAAUUAGAUAUCUCUAAUCCACCUACUGGUAUUUAUGACUUAGAGCUACAGAACUCAUAUCUGGACACGUCACAAGAGAAUAUCUCACGUCAAGAAGUUGUUAGUGCCGAUGUUUAUACUCUUAACAAUCUCUUUGAUGAUUCUAGUCAUGAUGAGGAGGUGAAGGUCAUCAAUGAAGGUCAAGGUCAAACAGAUGAGGCCAAGAUGAGAAGAAAGGGUAAAGACAAUGAAAAUGGAAGUAAAAGGCGCAAGAAAAGCAAUGAGAGCGUGAAGCAUGAAGGAAAAACAUGUAAAGAUAAUGAUUUGAAAAUUGAUAGUGAAAACAAGAAAACGCACAAAUCAAACAAACAGGACCAAGACAACAAUGGAAGUGGUAUCAAGCCCAAUUUGAGUGGUGCUGAGGGUGAUGAAACAAGUAGCAAUGAUGCUGUUGGUGAUUGGAAAGAUGCAAUAGGUAAGAAAGGAGAAGACCACAUUAAUAAACAUGAAACAAGUAGCACUGGUGCUGUUUGUGAUAGAAAGGAUACUGCAAUAGAUAAGAAAGGAGAGGACUCCACUCAUAAACAUGAAAAGGGUGACUUAAAUAUGCUUGAACUACUUAUGGAUUCAGAUUUAGGUGCUGACAAUUCUAAACAUGAAUUAGAUACUCACAUAGAAAAUGCUGAUACCUUUGAUAAACUUCAUGCUCAUUUUAAAAAUAUUGUUAAAGACCUGGAUAGUGAAACAAGGGUAGAAGAAACCCAUAUACCCACAGUAUCAGAGUCCACAUCAUUGUGAUGUCAUAUUUAAUAAUGGGUAAAAAUUGUUGGCCAGUAGUCAAGGGAGAA